CAGGUCUCCCGCUCCCCCUUUCAGAUCCUGGUCUCGCGCUCGCCGUGCUGAGAUUCUUAUUUGCUGUCUCCGAAUGCUUGCUUUCAGCCCCAAGGCUUCCCCGUUCUUAUCUGAUCCAGCCAAGAUGUCAACCAUUUCUUCCCCGUUCUUAUCUGAUCCAGCUAAGUAGAUGUCAACCUUUUCUUCCCUCCUUGCAUCAAGCUUGGUCAAUGUGCAUGAUCGUGUACAGCAUACUCGGCCCAUGCCGGCCCCGCAGUCAGCACAUACCACUUGUCUUGGACUUCUCCCGUGUCUUAUUAUUUUAUAUUCGCGCUAAUAGCGUCUACUUGAGAAAAGAUAAUCCUAAACCUAUUCAACCAAGACCAGCUAGUUGGCCCUAAUCCACGUGAUACGAUGAACAUUGAAGCGAAGACAAAUGCCAGCCCUGUGGCCGACUCCCAUCUCGAAGCAGUAGCCGUCCCCGCCGGUCCCGGUGAUGCCGAACUGGAGGCUCGUCUCAGGCGCCUCGAGCAGCUCAAGAACCAAUACGGGAGCACAUGGGAUGGCCCUGACGACCCCGAUGACCCGUACAACUGGGCCUCAUGGCGCAAAAUCACUAUUGGCAUUAUUUUCUCUUUUGGCCAACUCGUGACCCUCAUGACGGCAAGCAUGAUUUCUGCCGCCCUCGGCGAUAUCUCGGAUGAUUUGAGCAUCGACGCUGCCACAGCUCAGAUUGUCUUUGCUACGUACUUCCUCGGAUUAGCUUUCGGGCCCUUUGCCUCGGCUGCCUUUGCUGAGGUUUACGGGCGCAAGUGGGUCUGGGUGGCUGGCAAUAUCUGGUAUAUUCUUUGGAAUGGUAUCAGCCCAGUCGGCCACUCUAAGAAUUUGAUGAUCGUGGGUAGGCUGAUGACGGGCUUCGGGGCGAGCGCGGGAGUCACGCUUACUGGACCGAUCAUGGCGGAUAUGUAUGGAAAGAAAGACCGCGGAAAGGCGGUGGCUAUCGCCUCGCUACUCCCUUACCUCGGUCCUGCCCUGGGUCCAAUCGUGGGCGGCAUCGUCACGCAAUUGGUUGCUUGGGAAUGGAUCUUCUGGAUUAUGUGCGCUUUCAGCGGUCUCACCACUUUAAUUGGAGUGCUCUGUAUCCGCGAAUCGUAUACUCCGGUCCUCCUACUCCGCAAGGCGCGCAGCCACCGCGAGGCAGCUGGUCUGAAUGUCGAAGCUCCGUCCCUGAAAGCCUCGCUGAGCCACCUGGGCGUUAGCUUGUGGCGUCCAGUCCGCCUCCUUCUCCGGCGGCCGGUGGUGCAGAUCAUCGGUCUCAUCCUCGCCCUUGACUUUGCGAUAUAUACGCUUCUACUUGGUACCUUUGCGGAGCUAUACAUCACGGAAUACCACCAGUCACAGUCCAGCGCCUCGCUGCAUUACAUUGCCAUCGCCAUCGGCGCCACAUCAGCCGCGCAGGUUGGCGGUCGGCUGAUGGACUGGUCAUACCGCCGCAUAACAGCCCGUUACGGCGAUGGCAGCAGCACCGGCAAACCCGAGUUUCGCGUGCCAUACCUUGUGCCAGGCGUCAUCAUUACGCCUGUGGGACUUUUCCUCUACGGCUGGGCUGCACAAUAUACUGUAUCAUGGCCCGUUGUCGAUAUCGGGGCCGCCGUCUUCACCCUUGGUAGCUUUAUGGCAAGCCAAAUGCUGAGCGCAUAUCAGUUGGACGAGUUUGUGGAACAUGGUGCCUCUGCCAGCGCGGCGACGCGUGUCCUCUCCUAUUCACUUGGGUUUGCUUUCCCUAUCUUCGCACCUGAUCUAUAUCACCGCAUUGGAUAUGGGUGGGGAAACAGUAUGCUUGCCUUCCUGUGGGUUGUCUUUUGCUUCCCGCUGCCAGUAAUCUUCUGGCUAUGGGGGGAGAAAAUACGUGCAAUGGGAAGACAAAGCAAGGAGGGACAGGUCGACAGCGCUUAGGCUGCCAGGCACCAGGGCAGUGCUGGUAAGAAGGGGGAAAGCACUUAAUGUGGUUUCGCUUCUAUUCCGUACACGUCCGAGGACAUACGUGGCGCCUUCAUACGGUGGAAAGCACUUAAUGAUUGGUGGAAUUACCGGUCCACUCCCUUGAAAGGAGCUCUGUCAUAGGGUGUAUUUUCAGAUGCAUCAAGAAUUUUCCUCUUUCAUCCUGUUCUUUGUCUCAGUCUUGUCUGGUUUUGAUUUGUUUGGAACGUGUGAUUUGUGGUCGCAGAAAUUGAGGUUGGCCAUGCCUGGAAGAAGGGGGAAAUGCCUGCUUAAGCUCUGGUCCGUAGAGUCCAACAUCCAUGCUCUGUAUCGCUGAGCCUACAAAUGUGGCGUUUUACUCGAAUAGCCUGGUAAAUCAACGAUCUGGGUCUGAUCAAUUACACGA